ACAACGAUUGGUAGGAUUGGGCCCGGGGUGGCCCAAUCAGCCCAGAGGGGCGGUGCCUGGCGGCAUGAUUGGCAGCCAAACAGCCAAUGAGCGGCAGCCGCUCUUCCGGCUCCACGUCGGCAGCGGCGAGCGCAAAAUGGAGGCGCUGAUCCUGGAGCCGUCCCUCUACACCGUCAAAGCCGUCAUCAUCCUGGACAAUGAUGGCGACCGGCUCUUCGCCAAGUACUACGACGACACGUACCCCAGCGUCAAGGAGCAGAAAGCCUUCGAGAAGAACAUCUUCAACAAGACCCACCGCACCGACAGCGAGAUCGCGCUGCUCGAGGGACUGACCGUCGUCUACAAGAGCAGCAUCGACCUCUACUUCUACGUCAUCGGCAGCUCCCAUGAGAACGAGCUGAUGCUCACGGCCGUCCUCAACUGCCUUUUCGACUCGCUCAGCCAGAUGCUGCGGAAGAACGUGGAGAAGCGGGCGCUGCUGGAGAACAUGGAGGGGCUUUUCCUGGCCGUGGACGAGAUUGUGGAUGGUGGCGUCGUCCUGGAGAGCGACCCCCAGCAAGUGGUGCAUCGCGUGGCCGUGCGGGGCGAGGAUGUGCCCCUCACGGAGCAGACGGUCUCGCAGGUGCUGCAGUCGGCAAAGGAGCAGAUCAAGUGGUCGCUGCUGCGCUAGUGCAGCCCCCAGCCCCCACCCCGAGCCCCCCCAACACGCCAGCCCCCCC